AAUUAAAAAUUGGUGAAAAGGGUUUGAUUGCACAUCCUUUUAGCUUUCUGGGUAGGAAGAAUUUUGGGAGCAAAGAUAGAUUCAGAAAGAAGAUGAUGUUGGAUCCAAGGCUGGUGCUGAUGUUUAUCAUCAUCAGCACCUGCAUUCUGGUCAUCUAUGGUGAUACAGAUCCAAAUGAUGCUGCUUCUCUAAAGAAUAUGUUUCAAAGUAUGAACUCACCACCCCAGCUAAAUUGGAAUGGCGAUGAUCCUUGUGGACAGUCUUGGAAAGGCAUUACUUGCUCAGGCAACCGAGUCACAGAGAUAAAGUUGCCUGGCCUUGGACUAACUGGAUCUAUGGGUUACCAGCUACAAUCCUUGACAUCUGCAACAAUUCUGGACCUGAGUAACAACAAUCUUGGUGCCACCAUACCAUACCAACUUCCUCCUAAUUUGCAGCACUUAAAUCUUGCUAAUAAUAACUUUAAUGGGGGAAUCCCUUAUUUUAUUUCUACUAUGUCUUCGCUUAUAGACCUGAAUCUUGGUCACAAUCAGCUCCAGCAAGGACUCACUGUCGACUUUCAAAAGCUUUCUUCCCUCUCAACGUUGGAUCUCUCGUUCAAUUCUUUCACAGGUGAUCUCCCUCAGACUUUGAGUUCACUUUCAAGCAUAAGCACCAUGUAUCUGCAGAACAACCAGUUUACAGGCACCAUUGAUGUCCUUGCUAAUUUGCCUCUCGACAUUCUGAAUGUGGAAAACAAUCAUUUUACAGGCUGGAUACCAGAACAAUUGAAAAGCAUAAACCUACAAAAGGAUGGUAAUGCAUGGAACUCGGGACCUGCACCUCCACCUCCUCCUGGGACACCUCCAAUAACACCAAGAAACCGAAAUCACAAAUCUGGUGGACAUAGCCCAUCAGAUGCUGGCACAAGUGACGGAGGAAGCAAAAAAUCUGGUAUAGGAGGCGGGGGAGUUGCUGGAAUUGUGAUCUCAAUCUUGGUUGUUGGGGCAAUAGUAGCAUUUUUUCUGGUGAAAAGAAGAUCCAAAAAGUCAUUUAAAGAUAUUGAAAAGCUUGACAAUCAGCCCCUGGCUCCUCUUUCUUCAAAUGAAGUGCACGAAAUGAAUUCCAUGCAAGCUUCGUCUGUAAUUGACUUGAAGUCAUUUGAUACAUCUGCGGCCUCGCUAAACCUUAAACCUCCACCUUUUGAUCGUCGUAAAUCAUUUGACGAGGAUGAAUUUUCAAAAAAGCCCGCUAUAGUCAAUAGUAGGCCCACUACAGUCAAGAAGACUGUAAAAGCUCCUGAAAAUGUAAAAUCAUAUUCUAUAGCUGACCUGCAGAUUGCUACUGGAAGCUUUAGUGUGGAUCAACUUCUUGGUGAGGGGACUUUUGGACGGGUGUACCGUGCUCAAUUUGAUGAUGGAAAGGUUCUUGCUGUGAAGAAGAUAGAUUCUUCUGUUCUUCCCAAUGAUUUGUCUGACGAUUUUGUAGAAAUGGUUUCAAACAUAUCCCAUUUGAAUCAUCCCAAUGUGACAGAACUUGUAGGUUAUUGUUCAGAGCAUGGACAACACCUCCUAGUCUAUGAGUUUCAUAAAAAUGGAUCACUGCAUGACUUCCUUCACCUACCUGAUGAGUAUAGUAAACCAUUGAUAUGGAAUUCACGUGUCAAGAUUGCUUUGGGGAUUGCACGAGCUUUAGAGUACCUACAUGAAGUUUGUUCACCUUCAAUUGUUCAUAAGAAUAUAAAGUCAGCCAACAUAUUGCUUGAUUCAGAUCUUAAUCCUCAUCUGUCCGACAGUGGAUUGGCAAGCUAUAUUCCAAAUGCAAACCAGGUAUUGAACAACAAUUCUGGAUCUGGAUAUGAAGCUCCUGAAGUUGGCUUGUCUGGUCAUUAUACUCUUAAGAGUGAUGUCUACAGCUUUGGAGUUGUCAUGUUGGAACUUCUUAGUGGACGAAAACCAUUUGAUAGCUCAAGGCCAAGGUUUGAGCAGUCUUUGGUUCGGUGGGCAACACCUCAACUUCAUGAUAUUGAUGCUUUGGCUAAAAUGGUUGAUCCUGCAUUGGAAGGACUAUACCCUGUUAAGUCUCUUUCUCGAUUUGCUGAUGUUAUAGCUCUUUGUGUUCAGCCGGAGCCUGAAUUCCGACCACCUAUGUCCGAAGUGGUUCAAGCGCUGGUUCGGUUAGUGCAGCGAACUAACAUGAGCAAGCGAACAUUUGGAACUGAUCAAGGAGGAUCCAACCGUGGGGGUGAUAACCAAGAAACACAAGACAUGUAAAUGGGAACAAAAGCCUUGUGUUGAUAGAACUGCAUAGAAAGAAAAUAAUAUUCAUCAGAUUUUCAUCAUUUCUUUUUAACCUUAAAGACAGUUUCCGAGUUAGAUUAAGUGCGCCGUUGGAUAUUGAAGCUAGACAAUUGUAUGUUUUUGAGCUAUUUCUUUUAUUGGUGGUAUAAAUUUCAAUAAUUUAACCAUUUGAAAAAUUGAAGUUCAGUUUAAAUUAAUAUGGUUGCCACUUGCCAUUUGUUGUUAAUCACUAGGAAUAAAUAAUAAACUUUUCAUCAUAUUUUGUGGUUUUAUCUGUGGAAUAUUUUGUAAUAGACUCUGUCUAAAUAAAUAGUUAAUCUCCUUGUAGUGAUUGCGGAUCCUACAAAUAUUUUAUUC